AUGUUCGAUUUCGAGACCAUAUGUUCGAAGACUCCACUGCCGCUGUGCUCCGUGAUUAAAUCUGGAAGCCAUUUGAUUCUUUCUAACUCAACUACUAUUCAUGAUUUUAAUCCACAAAAUUUACAUACAGGUAUAUUACCUCGUUGUUAUGCGAGAUCUAUUGAUGUGGCCAAUACUAUGAUAUUUAACGUUGGGAAUGCAUUUGUUAACAUUGGGGCUUUAGGUGUUUUACUAGUGAUUCUUUACAAUAUUAGACAAAAAUUUACUGCUAUUGGUAGAGCUGAAUAUCUGCAUUUUUUCCAACUAGCUCUAUUGAUGAUUAUAUUCACAUUGAUAGUUAAUACGGGGGCAUCACCACCAGGUUCAGGUUCUUAUCCAUACUUUGUUGCAAUUCAAAUUGGUCUUGCAGGUGCAUGUUGUUGGAAUCUGCUAGUUAAUGCAUUUUUGGGAUUUAACCUUUGGGAAGAUGGUACCAAGAAAUCAAUGCUUCUAACCAGAGGUGCAGCUUUUCUAGGGUUUGUUGCCAAUUUCUUAGUGGCAAUCUUAACCUUUAAGACAGCGACGACAACAGGUAAGAUUGACAAGACUCAUACUUUGGCGCUCUUUAUUAUUACUUAUGUGGUUAGUGGUACAAUGUUAGUUGUCUACACCAUAUGCCAAUUGUUAGUUUCAGUCUUUGUGGUUCAAAAUCUUUGGGUAGCAGGAGCAGUUAUGCUAGGAGUUUUCUUCUUCGUGGCAGGCCAAGUAUUAGUUUAUGGAGUAUCUGAUAAAGUUUGCAUGGGCGCUAAUCAUUAUAUUGAUGGGUUAUUCUGUGGGAGCCUUUGUAACCUAUUUACAUUGAUGAUGGUUUACAAAAUUUGGGAUAUGACUACUGAUGACGACUUAGAAUUCAGUGUUACAAUUCACAAUGAGGACGGGGUAGUGUAUAAUAACGCUUUGAAAUAG